AGCCUUCGUGUUCAUUUUCCGGAAACCAGAACAACCCUAGUUUCCGCCAGUUUCCCCCGCCCGACAGGCAAAAGAGCAAAAGCGAGAGAGGGAUUGACAAAACAAUGGCGACUGCUACUACGCAGAAACAGCUGUCGACGAAGGAGGCCGACAUCCAAAUGAUGUUGGCCGCCGAAGUCCACCUCGGUACCAAAAACUGCGAUUUCCAGAUGGAGCGCUACGUCUUCAAGCGCCGCAACGACGGAAUUCACAUCAUUAACCUUGCAAAAACAUGGGAAAAGCUUCAAAUGGCUGCGAGGGCUAUCGUUGCGAUUGAGAAUCCUCAGGACAUUAUUGUCCAAUCUGCCAGGCCAUAUGGUCAGAGGGCUGUCUUGAAAUUCGCUCAGUACACCCAUACUCAUGCAAUUGCUGGGCGCCACACUCCUGGUACCUUCACCAACCAGCUCCAAACCUCAUUCAGUGAGCCUCGUCUCCUUAUCCUUACAGAUCCAAGAACUGAUCAUCAGCCUAUUAAGGAAGCAGCUCUGUCAAACAUCCCAACCAUUGCUUUUUGCGACACUGAUUCCCCUAUGCGAUAUGUUGAUAUUGGUAUCCCUGCUAACAACAAGGGGAAACACAGUAUUGGUUGCUUGUUCUGGCUUUUAGCAAGGAUGGUUCUACAGAUGCGUGGUGUUAUCCCACAGGGUCACAAGUGGGACGUUAUGGUGGACCUGUUUUUCUACAGGGAGCCUGAGGAGGCCAAGGAACCACAAGAAGAGGAGGCACCUGCUCCAGAUUAUGGUGACUUUACUUCUGCAGCUCUUGGAGUUCAGGAUAGUUGGGGUACUAGCAAUAUUCCAGAGGGAGAAUGGACAAUGGCUGCCCAACCUCCCAAUCCUGCAGUUCCUGCAGCUGGUUGGCCUGCAGAGCCUGUCCCUGCAGUAUCAACUGACGGAUGGGAGGCAACUGCUGCACCACCAAUGGCUCCUGGAGUUAACCCCAUGGCUCCUGGAGUUAACCCCGUGGCUCCCCCCGGUGGGGAUUGGGAGUAGAAGUUUUUGUUAGGGAACAUUUUGUUAAUUUGUCCUCCUACCUUAAGCCAUGCAAUCUGCUUAGCUUGAACAUCUGUUAGUUUAUGGUCUGAAUCCUGCCAUAGUUAUUUUUGUAGCGGUUGAGCUUAAAGAAAAUUCUCUGAUACAGUUCCAAAAUGGUGUUAUAUGUUUGUCUCAAAACUAUAGAGCUUAUCUUCUGCUGAUAUGCUGGUGGAUGUUUUUUGAAAA